AUGCAGUCGCAAACCGGGCAUGGUGCUGCAAUUUCGUCGCUUGCGAGCGGCUCUUCCAUUGCCGCCUUGGAUGGCCGCCUCGCAGCCUCCCCAAACGCAAGGGUCCCAUGUGUGGAGAUAGCCUCAAGCUCCUCGUCCAUGGAUGAAAUUACAAUUCGAAAGAGCUCCUCGCCCAUGAGAUCCUCGUUUGCACCGAGGCCGCCAGCUGACCUCGCUGCAUGUAAAGACUAUAGUUCACACAUACGGAUUGCGGUGCUUGGAGACGGUACACCGCGGUUUUUAUUGUAG